AUGGGAGGCCACGAAGGAGGAGCACCUCGGACCAUUUCAACUUCCACUCUCUCGACCGACGUGGUCGCGUUGGCCUUCAACCACCCUUCGAACCUGCGCAAACGGCACAGGCUGGGCUUUGAUGAGCCAACCUUGCACAACAUUUGGGACAGCAUGUCCCAAGCAUUUGCAGGAGACAAUCUCCAUGGCCUAGUCUGGCACUGGCUUUACCCUGAAUACGCGGCUGUGGGUGUCAGCCGCCAGCAUGCACAGAACCUGACACGCCGGGCCCUUGCUUUCUACCACGGCAUCUACGGCGAACUCGGGAAGCGGUUUGUGUUGCCGCGACAUUUGUGCCUCACUUGCUGCCAGCUGGGUGCCGGGCGUCUCCGGAUCAUGGUGGUGCGCAACCCUUUUGAGCGCCUGGUGUCCUUCUUUCGGCUGAAGUGGCUGGGGUCGCAGGCCAAAGUGAGCAACCGCUGGGCGGAUUUCCCUACAUAUGUGCGGUAUGUGAGUGAGAUCUUCAAUUAUACGGACGCGUACCAGACCUUGCCGGACUUCUUCCAGCAUGGCAAACGCAUGCCCAACAGCGUGCAGGAGUUCGAGCAAAACGAUCUCCUCCACACUCGUGCCGUUGCGGAGUGGCUCGCCUCAGCGCAGCCCAGGCCCCUCAAAGCCAAAGAUUUCUUGCAGAUCCAGGUCGAGCAAUUGAACUCGGGUAUGGUGGAGUUGGCGAGACAGCUCUGCGAGACGCUAGGAUACUGCCGGCCGCUUCCGAUCAUUCCCAAGGUCAACUCCUUCUCCAAGCCCAUCUCGCCAAGGAUCUGGGCGGGCUGCUGGCGCGGUGGUGUGGCGCUCCAGGCCGUUCACCGCUACAAGCUUGACUUCCAGGAUUUGGGAAUCAUGCACAGCGUCCGUCCCAAGAUCUUUCCGCGAGGUGCCAGCCAUUUGCGUGGUGUUGGCAUGCUGAGUGUGAGGUUGAAGGACAGCCAAGGUCAUCCAAUCCGCUUUGAAAGCCGGAAGAAGACAGCCAUGGCCGUCACAUGCGGGGUCUCCCUUGGGGCCUUCUUUGUUAUUGCCGCUGCUGCGUUCUGGCUAAUGGGAUUGCUCUUCGGCUGGAACGGCCCCGACACGCACUUCCAGGAGGGCCUCACGUACCACGCGUUCAACAUGUUCUGGUUCUACUUGGGCUUUGCCACGGCGAUUUUUGGUGGGGUCUACGCUGCUUAUGCUCGAGGUUCCAAGGCCUUCGCCCGUGAGCCACAAGACGUCCAGGAGGAGGAGCCGAAGGACAAGUCCGCCCCAGAAGCCGCACCUACGCCUUAUGUCAUGCUCCCCGCUGAACCCUGA